AUUUUGGGCGGAGUAAAAUCUCUCGCUUCUUCCUGUCUGGUCAGUGCCAGUUCAACGCUUACUUCAGAGGGGAGUGCAUCUACAUUUGGAAGUUGCCAACAUGUUCUCUGAGGAAGAGCAGACAUCCCCUACAUCCUCCUCUUCAUCGCCACCUCCAUCCUCUCACUUCAUCGGGAGGAAAGAAGACGUGGUCCAGGCCAAGCGUGUCACCAAGCUGGUGGGCGGGAGGGACGUGCUGGUCCUCUGCCAUCAGGGCAAGCUCCACGCCAUGGACAUGCGCUGCUACCAUACCGGUGGACCACUGCAGGAAGGAGAUAUCGAGGAGUUUGACGGGCGGAUGUGCAUCGUGUGUCCGUGGCACAAGUACAAGAUCACCCUGGCGGAAGGCGAGGGGCUGUACCAGGCGGUGAACCCCUCGGCUACACCCCCUAAACCCACCUGGCGCUCCAAAGGGGUCAAACAGAGGGUUCACCAGGUCACAGAGGUCAACAGGGAUGUGUAUGUCACAUUUAACGACUCGCUGGACGCCAUUGACUCUGACUUCUACCAGACAGAGAGAUACAGGGCCACUAUGAAUAAGGCCCAGCCCAAGACUAAGAAAUGACACGAGAAGUUGACGAGCAGGAAGUGUAAGGAUUUGGGCCAUUUUGGUCAGGGAAAAACCGCUAGUCAUACUAAAUUUGUCUUUCUUUAGCGCCGUGGAAUAGUAAAGGGGCGGUGCAGGUACAAGACUGACUAAAUGCUUCCUUAUCAGCAGCUCAAUGCGUCAUCUCUGGGUUAUACUUUUGUAUCCUCCAGUGCACUGACUGAGCUCAAUCUCAAUUUUUUCCCCCAGGUUUCCAAACUUGUACACACUUAAAUAUUUUUUUGAAGAUGUUCUAUUUUUGUACAGCUGCAGUCUUCCUAUAUUUCUUCAGUUUUGUUUGACUUGUAAUGUCUGCAUCUGUACAGCAAACGACUUCAAGAACAAAAGCAGAACUAGUAAACGUU